AUGCUUGUGUUAAAACAUAAUUCAUUACCUUUUGAAAAAUUAGUAAUAUGUGAAAAAACAAUGUUAAGUUUUAAAGAUAACAAGUUAACUUCGCUGGGAAUGCAUUUUAAUGUAUGGGAUUGGUCAAUACCAGAGUUAUAUGGAAUAGUGUUGGGUAUGAUGGUGAAGUUGGAUUUGAGUGAAUGUUUACAAAUACGCAAUUCAGAAAUGUUGGAUUUUAUUAUUGACGUUGAGAAAGGUUAUCACGACACUGAAUACCACUCGUUCUAUCACGCUGUGGACGUUGUAGCUGUGCUAUAUUACAUGCUAACAGACUUGGGUGCUGCAAAAUACUUGACACCAUUGGAUUCAAUUUGUUUGAUGAUAGCUGGUUUGUGUCAUGAUAUUGGUCAUCCUGGUUUGAAUAAUGUUUACCAAGUUAAUGCAAAAACACCAUUGGCAAUCAAAUAUAAUAAUCAAUCUGUGCUUGAGAAUUAUUCUUGUGCGUUGACAAUGGAACUUUUGACUAAACAUAAAUUGUUUCGCAAUUUGCACAGUUGUAAUAUCGAGUUUCUGGAAACAGAAUUGGAAUUGGAAAUGGAUGAUGAUAAUGAUGAUAACAACAGUAUCGAUUCUUGUUGUUAUUCAUCAAAUUCAUCAAUAGCUUCAUCUCCCGAAUCUUCUCCUAUAUCAACAAUCCAUUCUUCCUCCCCAUCCUCCUCCUCCUCCUCAUUUCUAAUAUUAGAUCAAGAACAACGAGAGAUUUUCUUAAAAGUAUUACUUCAUGCAGCAGACCUAAGUAACACAGUGAGACCGUGGGACAUUUCAAAACAUUGGUCAGAUUGUGUUGUUGAGGAAUUCUUCAAACAAGGAGACUUGGAAAAGCAAAAACAUCUGCCUGUCUCCCCAAAUAUGGAUAGAGAACAAGCUCAACAGCCCCAAAUUAGUUUAGGAUUUGGUGAUUUUGUUGUCAAGCCUUAUUUCGAAGCAUUCGCUUUUUUAAGUAAUGUUAUUAAUAACAACAAUACAAGUAAGAUUGUCAAUAAUACUUCAAAUCCAACAAAUUCAACAUCAAGAUCAGUCGCAAAAGAAAUUCUAUCUAACAAAAGUAAUAAAAAACCAAAACCUGAUAAUAUUCCAUUGAUAAAUAUUAUCAACAACAACAACUCUGAAAAAAUUUCAAAUGAAACAUCAAAAAAUCCUGCAACUCUUACCAAUUCCUCAUCCACAUCAUCAUAUUCUUCAACAUCAAUGUUACCACCAUCUCCCCCAGCAAUAUCAAUUACUAUUCCAACAUCUACUGGUCAACGUCGUGUUAGUUUAGCUGCAGGUUUAUUAAUAAUUCCAGAUGAUAUUCAAGAAAAGCUACAAAAAAUGAUGCAAUCGUCCUCUUCCUUUAAGAAUCGUCGUACUAAUGCUAACGGUGUUAGACUGAAACGUAGUUUAUCUGGUAGAUCUUAUAGAUGCAAUUGUGGUGUAAUAGAUGUCGUUGAUAAUGUAGCUGAUGGUAGCAUGGCUGAUAAUAAUAGUGGGUGUGGUGGUGAUGUAAGCAGAAAUAGUUCUACUCGUAAUAAUCAACAGCAUCACCAAAAAUGUAUAAGCAAUAAUAAUAGUCGUAUUGGAGGUGGAAGAAUGAGACGUAGUAGUUCUUUGGAUCAUAAUAUGAUUCGUCAAAUAACUUCAACUUAUGGAUCAUCAUCACUUUCUUCUCCGUCACCAACAUCACAAGCAUCAGCAUCGCAAAUAUCAAUUAAUCAUUCUACCACCAUUACAAAAUCGUUAUCAACAUCUUCCACAUCCUCAUCUACACCUUUAUCAUUAUCUACUCAUUCACCACUUUCUUCUACCACUAACACUGCACCCGUUAUUCAACAAAUAGACCAAAGAGUUAUUAUAGCAAAUUAA